UGGAUUCCCAUCGAUAACGGUGCAAUUCUAGUUUCCUGUACAUUUCACCGCUUUUAGUAUUAGAUCUGUGGAUUACAUCGCUGGAUAUAUCGUUUGCUGUACGGCAGGAAUUACCCCGCAUUGCCGUAGUUUCACGUCGUCUUUGCAGCCUCCUCGAUCCAGCAGCCAGAGUUCGGCUUCCCACUAUUUUGUAUAUUUUUGGCAACCCCCCGAAUGAGAACUGGAAGAAUUACUAUUUCUUACGUAAAAUCACGGGUAUGAAAUCUCUAGACAUGCUAGAUGAGAUUGAGCAGCUCGAGAGCUAUGAUCAUCGAUCAGGCAUGGAUUACAUCAAACGGUUUGAUAUCGAGUUGGAGAAGGAGGUAUACUAUGCCGGCGAGAAACUCAAAGGGCACGUGCUGGUGGAGAAUAUCGAAAAUAUCAAAAUCAAAGGAAUUCGUGUAAAUUUACGAGGGAAGGCGCACGUAGAAUGGAAGAUUAUGCGAAGUGGCGAGCGUCGGACGGUGAAGGAGGAUCACCAUUUCCUCGAAGAUAAAGCUGUGGUGUGGGGGAAAGGUAGGAACAACCACCACCACGUUGUCCCACUAGAAAGUAAAGACGAAGAAGGAUCCAUACCUAUCCUACCCCGUGGCAAGCACCACUUUCCAAUGGAGUUCCAGCUGCCUGAGAGUGCGUUGCCUUGUUCGUUUGAAAGUAAAAUAGGAACUGUACGGUAUUACUUGCGAUGCGUUAUCGACAUCCCCUAUGCAUCACCGCCCCAGGGAAUCAAAUAUUUCACCAUCAUUGGACCGCAUAUUGAUUGCAUGGACGAACGAUUUCUUAGUGCCAUGUCUGCUGAAGACCAUCGAAAUGCCUGCUGUCUCUGCUGUGGUAAAGGUCCAGUAUCUUUGAGUGCGACGUUAGCAAGGUCAGCUUACUGUUGCGGGGAAAAUAUGAAGCUCAAAUGCGAAAUUCAAAAUGGCAGUGACGAAAAUGUAUGGGUAAUAUGCAGAUUAAUACAGUAUGUGGAAUAUUUCAUAAACAAAGGCGUGUUAGGUUUAUCAAAAGAAAUCCAUCACCGGGUCUGGGAGUAUAAAGGUCCAACAGUCGAGCCACACCAUACACAGAAGUGCGACGAUUUAUACAAACACCUCCAAGUUCCAGUGAUGCCUACAACUGUAGUAGAUGUGUGUAAAGUAUUGCAGAUAUAUUAUGUGCUAAGGGUGUCAUUGGGUCAAGAAAAGUCCGGUGAAAACUUGGAAAUCGACUUUCCUCUGACAAUUGCUACUGUACCUUUUAGAAUUUCGAAUACACCAAGCCCAGAACUGGAAUACCAGCCUGCUGCGCCAAACGUUGAGGGAGGAAUUUACAUAAGCCCAGAGUUUCAACUGGGCCAGGUUUACGAUGGAACUGAAACGGGUGAUGACGUCAUCCUAUAUAGGCCAAUCUAUGUGUGUGUACCCCACGAAAAAAUGACGGUAACAAACUCAAAUAAUGCGGGACAGAUUGUUGCUGAACAAGUGACGUCAUCGUCAACAAAAAUGACGUCAGAUAAGGAAUUGACUCUUGAACUAGAAAAGGAACUAACCAUUGGAAAGGACUUUGAAGUGCCGGAAGAAAAGGAAAUAACCGAGGAAAGAACAACUACUGUGUAAAGCCGUUUAGUGCUACUCAUGUGUGUCUCUGCCGUCUGCUUGUUUGUUCCACUCUGCUCACAGGAGGUAAGGACAAAACAACAAACCUCUGCUGAAUGAAGAAUGUCUAAUUUGCACUAAUUGAUCCAACUCCAUGACGCAAUUUCAUCUGAGCAAUCCGAUUGGCUCCUUCAUGUGCUUUUAUCGGAACUAUUUCUAUUUUACAGAUUGUAUCACAAGCGUUUUUGCAAGUGAAUAUGUAUGAAUUACCACAAUACAUAUUCCCUAACUGGAUAGAAUUAGAAUAAUUGUUUUUUGUUAAUUUUGAGUUCGGAGUGAAGCAUGCUGUAAACCAACUGCGGGAAACCCUUUACACCACGUGGUGCGUUUAAGCCAAUCGACUGCUCUUGCAAAUACACUCUGACUAGCAAUAUGUUAGUGGCCUUCGUACAGAAGAUCAGCUGUCGCGAGCGUGGGAGAUGCUAAGGUUGCCGAAUGUUGUAAAUUUGUUCAUACUUUUGAAAGAAUGUAGUUCGUUCACACUGCGCGCAUUGAAGACUUUUUUGUCGGGAAAAGUUGCACUUGUCGUGUCUCGUUCCUCUCACAACAGAAUAAUCGCACUGGUGCUGCCGUUUAAAAAGUGUUGAAGUAGUAUCUUGCCUCGCAUUUAACAUGCUUCCUAGCAGGUAAAUUCUUUUUAGCUCACCUGAUGAGUGCAUUAUUUUGACGGUCAGAUCGUAUCAGUGAAGUACAUAGCAGGUAAAUUCUUUUUAGCUCACCUGAUGAGUGCAUUAUUUUGACAGUCAGAUCGUAUCAGUGAAGUCAUAGUAUCCUACUCCCUAGUUUAAGAGACGUCUGUCUGCCACCAGUCAAUUCUGAAAUUGCCUUAAUCUGGUGUGGAUUUUUGUUUUGUACGUUCGAUCUCUUCACCGAAGUUAAGUAACGCCGAGGGUGAUUAAUCGGUAGGUGGGAGAAAUAGAAAGACGCUACAGUCAUGAAGCAUUUUGAACACCACGGGAGUCUCUCUUCUAUACAAAAUAUACCUUCUUGUGGUAAAAUCUCAUAUACAUAAACUUCUCAAAAUGUCAAGGUGAACCCAAAAAGAAGAUUUCUUUCAAAAACUUUAUUAAUGCAUUUUCAUUCAGCUCACCACACAUAAAAAACACCACAUUCUCAAUUUGCAGCUAAUGCAGCAUUUCUUUAAACAGUAAUGUUAAAAGAUUUCCGUAAAAUAUUGUAUACAAUGUACUUGCUUGCCUUGGCAUUCGUUUAGAGAUUAUUUUUGUACCGUUUGGUUUCUGUCAAAGAUUUGUUUGAGUGUUCUAAUCUGGUGUGCACUGUCGAAUGUUUUCUUCUGUAUUGAAAGUUGAAAACUGCACCAAGACAUUUUUAAACAUGCGCUGUUAUUAACGUGUUACGUUUUGUACGAAUUUAAUUUUUAGUCACUGUUUUUUUUGUUUACAAUGCAGCAGCUGAACUCGCCGACUACAAUAUUAACAAUCGAGUGAGUGAGCGUUGAAAAGGAAACCAAAUUAUGAUAUGGUUCGGGGCACUCGCAGGUGAAAGUCUGCGAGAUCAUGUCGUUGAGGUCUUUAUUAAAAUGGCAGGCCGUUCUAAAUAACUGAGUGGUGGUCCAGGAGAAUAGAAAUGCAUUUAUACACAAUGCAGCAGUGCAGUUAUCAUGCAUGCAGUUUUGCUGAAACUUAUAAUACCUGUCGCCACAAAUAGAAAAUUUAUACUCAGUACGUAGAUACCUGUAUUUGCACAUUUUCAAUUAAAUUACAAAUUUAAAUAUUCAACGAAAGGCCUUUAAAGACGUCUGCGAUAUGAUCUCGUAGACUGUCACUUCUGUAUGCUCCUGGCAAGGACUUUUAGCUUGGUUCCUCUUUACCGUUGAAAUGAAUAUAACUUGCUUGAUUCUUAUUAUCUAUACGCACAUGAUUCAGAUUUUGUGUCAGUAUUAUGAGAAAUAUGUAUGUGUGUAACUAUUAAAAUUCACAAUAAACCAAAUGAUGAGUUGUAUCAAAAGUAAUUUAGGUUGGCCAGAUUUAGUCACUCGAAGUCGCCAAUAGAUUUUUUUCCCAAUUUCACACAUUCGAAACUAUUUACGUGCUUGUACAAGGAAUCUAUUUGGUGCGAAAUGACACACGAACUAUCCUCUUAACGUUGCAUAGCGACCUGAAGAUCGUGGACCAAAUUAACCCCCUCUUUACCACCCAUGCCUAUCAACCCCCCCCCCCGCCCCCCAGUUAGUUAUAUGCAUGUAGUUUGGAGGAAUUUUACCUACAUGCUUUUUCACGCAUACACUAGAGAAACAGCAAACAACACUACCCAAUAAAUUGUUGCCCAUUUUCUCGAACUGAAACAAAUAGUAUUGAUGACCUUCCUGCAUUCGCAUCGUCAGUUACACAUUGAGUGAAAUCGCGCGACAUAAACCUCUUUUACUCUCUGUUGACUGAAGACUAAUUCCGUAGAACUUGAACUGGUUCAGUCAGUUUUUCAUCAAAGCCUGCUUCCUCCUUUUCCAUGUCUGUGCCCGUUGUGUUACUCUUCUAUUAGGCGUAGAGAUUGUCUAGUGUUAUCAUUUAUUAGGGGCCUAGGUUCAGUCAGCAGUCAGGCAGGGAUCCCAUAUUUGCAAGUUGUCACUACUUCUGGAUAUGGUCGCCAAAUUCUGCUGCGCCACGUCCAAGACAUGUCAACCGGUGCGAGAUUUACGAGUUGCCCCCAGAUUUGGCUGCGUCAUUUCCAUAGAGAGGUCUGCGUAAAACGCACGUCUACGUAUGUCCUUGUUGAUUUCACCGAUGAAAUCCGACUUUGAAAUUACAUGUACUUGAAAAUCGGUAGGGUUUAGCGAGAUAUCGCACGUUCCUUUUACAAGCUGUCCCGUUCUACCACGUAUAGGCACACAAGGUAGAUCUACGCCGUGGCACCUUCAUGGCAAAGUCAAAUCGGGGAGUUUCAACGGGAGCUGUCGCCCGAAUUGGUGUCAACUCCCACAAAGGGCGACAACUCGCAAUACGGAUAUCCUUGCCUGGGGACUGGUUUGUUCCCAUCUGUUUCUCCUGUGACUAAUAGGCGUAUCUCUUUAGCCAGCCUGUCAAUAUGAUACAAAGGUCAAUAAGGCUCUUAUUUCAGCCGUGGAGGUAUCGACAUGAUGUUUUCCUAAUGUGUGGAAUACAGAAGUUACGUUUCUAUGGGUUUGUAUAAUGUACAUAUGUGAUGCAUGAUAAUUGUCUUACAUAAAACACAUUGUAGAUAACUGUAGGCCUAUAAUUGACUCACAAGCAAUUUUGUAAAUUGCAAUUAUGCUCACAUGUACACAUGUACAUAAUAAGUAUACGUGAAGGCUACGCUAUUUGUAGAAUGUUUGUUAUCAUUGCUAUUCUAUCCGACAGUCAGGCGAAGAUUCCCAGUUGGUGAGUUAUAGCCCAGUCUGGCCAUCGUGCGCAGUUUUGGCGAAUUCAGUCUUGACUCGUUAUGUAUUUCGUAGCUGAAUCGACGGUUAUUGUAGGGAUAGCUUAUUUGAGCCGCACCGGUACGUGGUCGACUAUCUGACUUGCAUAGCAGCAUAAAGAACAUGGAAAAUCUGUGACAUCUUGCUCGAUCUCACCUGGUGAAACAGCCAAUCGGGUUUGCACUCGUCAAUUGAGCAUCCUUGACUGACUAGUCAUGUUUCUUGGAGAAUUUAAAUCUGCUUUCCGAUCAGCAGAUGAUCCACAAAUGUAUCUAGUACACAUGCGCAGUUGGUUGACAACAUACAGGUAUAUGAACACAAAUUCGUGGAAGCUGUUUUAUUUUUAAAGUGUAUUUCAUGGGCGCUUUCCCUACCAUCUAAAACGCACCAUGUGCCUACUAAAUGGGGGUUUGCUGUCUUGUGACUUCGGCAGUCGUCCAGCAAAAUUGAAAGAUUUUAAGAGACAUGCAACUGUCGGGAAAAUGAUCGUUAUCAACUGAUGGGACGGCAUAUUCUCACGGUAGGCAAAUGAGUUGGUGUUCACUCAGUACUAUUACGAUGAUUGUUUGAUUUCUCUGUACUGAAUAGUGCUGUCUCUAGUAUAUAACCAAGCAUAGACUAAUCUAUUUUCUAUGCCUGUUAUAACAUGUAAAUUCAGAUCUCCACUCAUGACACAGAAGUAAGUUUAACGCCAACUUACAUGUACAA